UUGACUGAAAAUGCCGUCGGUUUCGAAAGCGGCGGCGGCGCUGAGCGGGUCCCCGCCGCAGACGGAGAAGCCCACCCACUACAGGUACCUGAAGGAGUUCCGCACGGAGCAGUGCCCCCUCUUCCUCCAGCACAAGUGCGCCCAGCACAGGCCCUUCACCUGUUUCCACUGGCACUUCCUCAACCAGCGACGCCGCAGACCCAUCCGCAGGCGCGACGGCACCUUCAACUACAGCCCCGACGUCUACUGCGCCAAAUACGACGAGACCACGGGCGUCUGCCCCGCCGGAGAUGGCUGCCCUUAUUUACAUCGGACAACUGGGGACACAGAGAGAAAAUAUCAUCUCCGCUAUUACAAGACCGGCACGUGUAUCCAUGAAACAGAUGCCCGUGGGCACUGCAUGAAAAAUGGAUUCCACUGUGCGUUUGCCCACGGCCCGCUGGACUUGCGACCGCCGGUCUAUGAUAUAAGGGAACUUCAGGCCCAGGAAGCCUUACAGAAUGGCCAGCUGGGCAGCAGCGAGAGCCCCCCGGACCUGCAGCCCGGAGUCCUAGCGAGCCAAGCGAUGAUCGAGAAAAUCGUCGGAGAGGACCCCCGCUGGCAAGUCAUGCUGUGA